AUGGAGGAGCGUCUGUCCCGAUUAAGCAAUGAAAAACGUGCACGUUGGAGAACAAAAUGCCGAGAACAUCUCUCAAAACAUAUAUGGGAAGCACUACAAAUAACAAUCAACCCUUCUGAAGUGCGCCUUAUUACCAGUGAACCGCAAGCCCAGUAUAUGUGGAAGAUUGAUGAUGAUUCUCUCCAACCCCUCUUUAAUAAGCAUCUCAGCAAGCAUUCUGUUGGUGCAUACAUGCAAUUGUGUCAGGAGGUAGGGAAAAGUUUCUACGCUGUUCGGCCAGAAAUUAUUAACAAGGAUGAUAUCCAACCGAGUCCCAGUGAUCGGUUACAGAUACUGCAGCAAAACAAUGCGGACCUUACUCAAGAGCUGGAGGACAUCAAGAAACAGGUAGCCUCGCUACAAGAUGACAAGAGGAUUGCAGAAGAGAAGAUACUCACACAUGAGUCUUCUAUCACAGAGGCGCAAGUGACAAUACAUCUUCUUCAACAAGAUGUCCAGCAAUGGAUGGCAGCAGCUGAAUACUACCAAUUCAGUUGCAUACGCUGUUCAGAGGCCUUGAAGGAGACCAUUCUCUCCUUACAGGAAUUGGACUCUGGAAUGAUUUUACCUCGGUCUACUGGAGGGCUCCAGUGA